AGGAGGUAUACAGAAUAUAUGCUGUGACACUAACACACAGUCAAAGUUGUCAGUGUGGCACCAGAGUUGCCAGAGUACGCAGAAAUAAGACUAUAUUGAGGGCUUAAAAAAAAAGAAAAAAAAGAAUAAGAGUAUUUGCUUUGGGUUGGGUCAGUGAGGUUCACAUAGACAGUUUGAAGAUCUCAUGACUUAAUUAAGUAAAUGAGGCUGAAGGGGAAGAAAGUUCUGCACUAUGGGAAAACUCACCUCUCUGUUCGACACAAACUGAAAAAAAAAUGGCAAAUGCACAAGUGCCCGUUGCGACGGUCAGCCCGCUGGGAGACAGUCCCGUUCAGAUUGCCUGCCCUAGCUGCCAUCAGACAGUCCUUUCCAAGGUGGACUACUCCGCUGGUUUGCUCACCUACCUUUUCUGUGGAGGGCUCUUCUUCUGUGGCUUUGUUUUAGGCUGCUGCCUCAUCCCGUUCUGUGUGGACCGUCUGAAGGAUGCCAAGCACACCUGUCCUACCUGCAAGACUGUACUUGGCGUGUAUAAACGUUUAUAACUCAAAGAGCUGCAAUGAUUUGUUGAUUAACAGAAAUGCCAUUUUCAGCUAUUUUGAUUGGAGAGGCACACAUUGUAAUGUGGACCAAAUGCCAGUAUGAAUGCUUAAAUACAACUGACUGACAUAUGCACAGGGACCACAUGUUGGACACAACUUGAGAUUUGAAGGCUCUGAGAAAUUAUGCAACAUAUUUUCUGCCAUUUUACAGAUAAUACAAAGCUCUAACUAAUGAAAAUAUUUACUCAUAAUUGGUUUUGUAACUAAAGUUGCUGUUUGUUGUUUGGUGUAGUGACUUUUUAACAGCUUCUCCCUCCAAACGUUUGAACAUUAAAAAACUGAGAUCAAACAAA